CUUUACGAGAGACGAUCGUGUGGAGCAAAGGCAUGGGACGAAAAAAGGUACGUUUUGCAAAACGGAGUCGUGUAAUCACAACCAUAUAUGGUAAUUCCCAAAGGCGCGAAUGGAAAACCCCCCACCUCCGCCCCAAAACAAAGCACACCGCCUUUUCCAUCAAUAACAUCAUCAUCCUUUUGAAAAGCCCAAAAUCCCAUCCUUCUACUCAGUUCCGAGCUCCGAUCCAACGAUUCUUUACCUCUUUUUUUUUUCUCACUCGCAAGUGGUUCUUUUUUUUUUUUUUUCUCCUCUCCAUUUUUUUCUUAUUUAUUCAUAUCUUUCCACCCUUCAUACCUGUACUGUAUUCUUGCACUGUAUACUUGUCAUUUCCAUCAUGUCCGAUAUAUCUUCAGUGCCAACCGCCGAAUCCGCUGCCAGCCAUGUUGUAGGCACCCACUACCAAGUCGGGAAAAAGCUAGGCGAAGGAAGCUUUGGCGUCAUUUACGAAGGUAGUGUUAAUUUGUCAGAUAAUCGACCGGUGGCUAUCAAAUUUGAACCACGAAAAACCGACGUGCCUCAAUUGAAAGAUGAAUACCACACUUAUCGAUUAUUGAAUGGAUUACAGGGUGUACCGAUGGCGCAUUAUUUUGGUCAGGAAGGCCUGCAUAAUAUCCUUGUGAUCGAUCUACUGGGACCCAGUCUCGAAGAACUGUUCGACUUGUGUUCACGAAAAUUCUCGCCCAAAACGGUGGCCAUGGUUGCGAAACAAAUGUUAUAUCGUAUCGAAGAUGUUCAUGAACGUGAUCUCAUUUAUCGCGAUAUCAAGCCUGAUAAUUUUCUCAUCGGUCUUCCUCACACACCCUUUGAAAAUCAACUCUUUGUGAUCGAUUUCGGCAUGGCAAAACAAUACCGAGAUUCGAAAACAAAAUUGCAUAUACCUUAUCGUGAGCGCAAGAGCCUGUCAGGUACAGCACGUUAUAUGAGCAUCAAUACACAUUUAGGACGAGAGCAAUCACGGCGGGAUGAUCUGGAAUCGCUGGGUCACGUAUUCAUGUACUUUUUAAGGGGUAAUUUACCGUGGCAAGGGCUGAAAGCAGCCACCAAUAAGCAAAAAUACGAAAAAAUUGGCGAAAAAAAACAAAUGACACCUAUCAAGGAACUGUGCGGCGAUUAUCCAGAGGAAUUUGGCAUCUAUCUAGAGUAUGUUCGCCAUUUAGGGUUUCAAGAGACGCCGGAUUACAAGUUCCUCCGAGAAUUAUUUGACAAGGUACUACUUGGCCUUGGCGAGACAGACGACGGUAUCUAUGACUGGAAUCUCUUGAAUAACGGCAAAGGAUGGGAGGUACGUAAACCAAAACUUUAUUUUUAUAUCUUUGUUUUUUCUUGUCUUCUUUUUUUUUCCGGGUGUCGCGUGAGAUCAUGGCAUUUUUUGGCAAUGGGGUUUUUUCGUCUUCUUGGUGGUUGUUAUCGGAGUAUUUUGUCUUCUGCUGUGUUUAUGCAAUGGUUUUUUUUUUGUGUUGCACAUUUUUUUUCAACAGGCAUCAGAACGCAAAAGGCCGAAAACGCCGUUACUUCUCAUGGAUAAAUGAGCGAGUUUGUUUCCAUCUCUCAGUUUUUCACGUUUCUCUGUUGCAGAGAAAAUGGAAGAGGAAGGAAAAGGAAAAAAUCGUAGAGGCGUGUGUA